UCAGCCAGCAGAAACCAGUGCUACCGCAUACCGCGUCCCCGUCUGAUAACCCGUGCGCAUUCAAUCGAAGACGCGUCGUUUCUCCUCACUCGUGCCGUCAUGAGGGCUAAGCUGGAGAUCCUGGCUCUGGUUCUGGGCUCGAUCGGUCUGGUCGGGAGCAUCGCGGUGACCUUCAUGCCCAUGUGGAAGGUGACGGCCUACAUCGGGCCCAACCUGAUCGUGAUGGAGACGCUGUGGGAGGGGUUGUGGAUGGCCUGUAUACGGCAGGCGGACUUCAACAUGCAGUGCAAGGUCUACGACUCUCUGCUCAUUCUGCCGGCGGACAUCCAGGCCGCCCGCGGGCUCAUGUGCGCCUCGGCCGCUCUCUCCGUCCUGGCCGUGCUGGUGUCCGCCUGCGGGAUGAGGCCCGCCGACCGCUGCCGCCCGGACUCCCGGGGGAAGAAGGUGGUGCUGCUGGCGGGAGGCGCUCUGUUCGUGGUGGCCGGCCUCGUCACUCUCGUCCCCGUCUCCUGGUCCACUCACUCCAUCGUCAGAGACUUCUACAACCCUUUGGUGGUGGAGUCGCAGAAGCGGGAGAUCGGACAGGCGCUGUAUGUGGGCUUCGCAGCGUUCAUGUUCCUCUUGAUCGCGGGGGUGGUCCUGCUGUGCCGGUACGGGAAGGACGAGGAGGAGGAGAAGCCGUACGAAGCAGUGGAAAAGGACAAGGUGGAAAUGAGCAUGCUGGGACGGACAACUUCUUCUAAAUCAUACGUCUGACGUCCUGCUUUUAUGUUUCUUGGCCGUACAAAUCCUGGUUAAUUUCGUUAAAUGAUCCUCGUAAACUACCUAAAAACAUUGAUUAGGAUUGUAUAUUAUAUUUACGACAUUUUGUGUUGCGGUUAUGUUCUUGUGCAUCCGUAAACACAUGAUUUAUUUGGGAUUUUGUUUUGCAUUAUUCAAGAGUGGCGAAUGGCUACUCACUUUGUCUGUGUAAUCUUUAAAAUAUGUGCUUUAUUUGCAAAAAAAAAUCAUUUGCACAAUUCAUUUACUGUAGUUCUGUGUUUGUAGGAAAAUUAUAACUUAACUUGCAUCUGCAUCUUCAAAGAUAUAGACAUUUAGUAAAACUGUCGGUGUAAUCUAAAAAAAUGCAUUAUUUAUGCAAACAAGUUACAUAUAUAACUAUAAAAAGUUUUAGAAAAAAGUACUUUUACAUAAUAUAUAUAUAUAUAUAUUUUGUGUAUACUUGUAAUAAACUAGUGCUA